GAAAAAUUAAAAUCUCUACAAAAGAAAAAAAAAAAAAGAAGAUUACACUAUUUAAUUGAAUGAAUCGAGUGAAGUGAAGUGAAGUGAAAAAGUUUGUAAAUGUGAUUUGGAUUGGAUAGGGGAUUAAAUAAGGAAAGGAAAAGAUGAUUAAAGACAAUUCAAAGCAAUUCAUCGAUCAAGGUUUCAAUAUCAAAUCGGAAUCACAACCGAACCAAGAGGAAAAUACUUACCAGAUUACUAAUCAUCAUCAUCAUCAUCACUUCAACACCUCAUCCUCAACUUCAACUUCAGCAUCGAAAUCUAAUACUAAUGCUAACAAAAAACAUCCUAGAUCGAUCUCACCUCGAUUUCAUUCAACUUUAAAUGAUUCAUUUUUAGAUCAAACUUCUCAGCUUAAUUCUCAAAACUUCGAAAGCGUUCUAAAUCAGAAUCGAUCGACAUCGACAUCAUCAAAACAUCUUCAUCAUCAACUCAAACUUAAUCCAACCGAAUCUCAAUAUAAUCUCGAUACUAGAGCUGAAAAAUUAAAGAACGUCAUCGAAAGACAACAUCAUCAAAUUCAAAUCAUUCAAAACCAAAUCAGUUUACUCGAUCAAUUCUCUCCUACCUCGGCUUACUCAAUCUAUCAAAACUCUCAUCAACCUACCAGAUUCAAUCAAUCAUCAUCUCAGCAUUCAAAUCAUCUCAUGCACUCAAAUCAAUUCUCAACUUCAACUUCAAUUCAUAAUCUCAAUUCUCAUCAUCAUCAUCAUCACAGUACUAUCACACCUAAACCACGACCAUCAUUACCUGCUCGAGUCUUGGUAGGGUACCCUCUCAGGGGACCUUCACCUGGUCAUGACCCUACCAUCCCAAAAGCGAUUGCUCCAGUCGGGUUGAAUCCGACAAUGGAAGAAAUCAUCAACUGUCCUCAAAGAGGUCAACAGGCUCAUUCGAUUUCAUUCCUUUUGAAUCCGUCUAUGAAUCCAGCAAAAGAAACGAUUCGUGAUUCAACUCCACCUCCUUCAUCUUAUAGCAAUCUAAGUCCUUUAAAUUCACAUCAAUCAAAUCAGAAUAGUCAUCCCGAUCAAAACCAUCAUAGGCGUCCAUCUGAUCAACCUACUUUGAAUUCAGAAAGAUCACAACAGGUUAAUGAGAAUUCAACAGCUCAAGUACCACCACCUACACUGUACAGAAGAACAGUUCCGAUUCCUGGGAGUGGUUAUCGAAAUCUGAAUGGGCGAUCACCCAAUGAACCUUUAGAAUUAAGAGCUAAUGAUUUGAUUGGAACUGGAAGAGUUACUUGUUAUCAUGCUCAAGCUUAUUGGGAUUUAUUUUUUCAAAAACAUUCUAAUCGACUCACUUGGUGUCAAUCAGAUCGAGAAGAGAUUGAUAGUAUUAGAUCUGUAUCGGAUUUAUUGUUGGCUUCUGUACUGAGUGUGUCGGCUAAAGUGUUGGGUCAUAAUGCGAUUUUCGAAACUUGUUUAGAUGAAGCGAAAACAUUGACG